AUGGCGCUGCCACCGCUGCGGCUCCCAGCGCGUGGGCCCCAGGCCCCCCCGGCACCCUGGCUCCUUCAGCCUUUUGUGCUCCCCAAAACCUUCUACCCCCGAGGCUCACCCAACCUGUGCCAACUGCCCGGGCAGGAGCAGCUCUUCCCUGCAGUCUGGGCACCCCCAGUGGGGCUGGCCCCCCAGGCCCCCCAGGCACCACCAGCAGCCCCUCGGAGCCCCCAGGGACAGCCGCAACACCUCCCACCCUACACCCAGCAGGGGAGAGCGGUGACCCCGGCCCCCCCGCUGCUGCCGACGUCCAUCCCCGGCUACCAGCAGAUCCAGGGGCAGCCCGCAGAGACCAAGACCUCCGGCAGUGCCACCCCCAGGGCAGCACCCCCGGGAAGCAACAUCCCCCCGGGCAGCGACGUCCCCCCCAGCCCCUCUGCUGCUCCCCACGAGCAAGCCCUCGGGGACCCCACAGGAGACCUCGCUGUGGCCGAGGAGGUCCUUCUUGAGGAGGCCCUGAGGCUCUUUGGUUGCUCCCCGGACGCGGUGGGGGUCAGCCAGGACGCUCCCAGCAGCGGCCCCAGGCCUGGGGACCCUGGUGGCACCAGUGCAGCCAUCCCCCACUGCGACUUCGCCUCGCUCUCCCUGCCCGAGGAGCUGCUCAGCCCCGACUACAGCGUCCCCGAGACCGCCGACGCCAUCCUCAGCCUGGACGAGUUCGUCAUGGGGCUGGAGCCCCAGGAGCCGUGGGGGGAUGAGGGCAGGGACCUGCCACCGUCCCAGCCUGCCACGGCAGAGAAGCGGGGGAAGAAGCGCGCCAAGAGCACCUCGCCAAAGCCAGCCAGCAAACGCAGGGCUCUCGUCGCAGCACGGGGAAAGUGCAGGAUCCCCCUGCAAGGCCUCUUGUCCCUCAAGAGAGUCAACAGCACCGCCCAGUUUGGGAGCGUCAGCAAGCUUGCCAAUGGGGCGUUCACCUCCCGCAUCCAGACCAUGGAUCAAAACAGUGAACAGCACUGGCCCUAG